AUGGCCAACGUCCAAAACUACACAGAACGUUAUCGCCCUCAGUACCACUGGACGCCGGCAAAGAAUUGGAUGAACGACCCAAACGGGCUCAUCUACCACAAAGGGCAAUAUCAUAUGUACUAUCAGUACAACCCCACUGGGGACGUCUGGGGGAAUAUUUCCUGGGGUCACGCAGUCAGUCCUGAUCUGCUGCACUGGGAGGAACAGCUGAUUGCCCUCAAUGCUUUCGAAACUCCAGCCAGUCCACUGGCUGAAUUGUUCUUCUCUGGAAGUGCAGUCUUUGACGAGAAAGACUCCUCUGGCUUUGGGAAAGGGAGAGACGCUCCUCUUGUCGCUGCAUACACAUCAUACUAUCCAAACGAUACAACUUUGCCAAAUAAGCAAAUGGUUCGUGGUGGAACGCAGGCCCUGUCCAUUGCCUACAGCACCAAUGAUGGCCUCACUUGGGCGGAGUACGAGGGCAACCCAGUAAUUCCCUCACCGCCAGCCCCAUAUGAGGACCAAUGGCAGGAUUUCCGUGACCCUUUCGUUUUUUGGCACGAAAAGACCUGUCAGUGGGUCAUGGCCGUCUCGCUCUCAAAAAUUCGGAAACUGCUCAUCUACACUUCCACAGACCUCAAGAAAUGGGAGCAUGUGAGCGAGUUUGGCCCUGCCAAUGGAGUCGGCGGGGUAUGGGAAUGCCCCAGCUUAUUUCCCCUUCCACUGAACGACGAUAUAUCCGAUCUCAAGUGGGUGCUGGUUCUUGGAAUCAAUCCUGGUGGCCCAGCUUUCACCGAUGCAUCGGCGACCCAGUACUUUGUGGGGACCUUCGACGGGAGAAAUUUCGUCGCAGACGCGGACAAUCUCUACGCCGCGUCAUCUGGAAAAGCUAACUGGCUGGACUACGGUCCUGAUUACUAUGCAGCUGCCACCUACAAUGGACUUGAUAACUAUGAGCGACUAGCCAUUGCCUGGAUGAGUGACUGGGCGUACGCUCCCCUUAUACCCACAUCACCAUGGCGAAGUGCAAUGAGUGUUCCUCGUAAACUUACGCUGGAGAAACUUAACGGACAAGUGCGUCUGAUUUCAGCGCCUAUUCAAAGCCUGAAAAGUCUGGAGCGUGCGGCAGCCUUGUAUUCAAAGCAAUGGGGUGUUAUCUCUUCUGAAACAGUGGCCAUUCCAGUAUCUGGAAAAUCCCUUGAUAUCAGCUUCGCAUUCUGCCCCGGUAAAAGCUCAACCAAUGUCAGUCUUGGUGUACGAACCAGCGGGGAGGGCAAUGGCACCUUGAUCGGUUACGACUUCGCCACCCAACAGAUGUAUGUCGAUCGGAAUUCUGCCACCGAUAAUUCAUCUUUCAGUCCCAAGUACAAAGGAAAAUACUUCGCCCCUUUGAAAGCGGCUAAUGGAGCAAUAAAGCUACGCAUCCUUCUUGAUUGCUCGUCCGUCGAAGUCUUUGGCGGACACGGCGAGUCAACAAUCACAGCACAAAUUUUUCCUUCGGACCAAAAUACCGGUAUCUCGGUCUUGUCUGAUGGUGAUGUGACGGAUGUUGAGAUUCAAAUUCAUGAGAUCCAGUCAGUGUGGUCGAAAUGA